AACGGGUUGUAAUUCACCUGAUUGAACAGCGAACAUCACGACCGCAAUUGUCUAUCUGAAGAAGGACUAAGUUGUGCGGUCUUUUAGAGAAAAUGUUUUAAACAGCACAUGGCUGAAGAUCAGAAGCAGAUGCCACAGAGGAGGUGCGGUGACUAUAAGCGCGGCUGAGAAGAGUAAUGCUGAAGUGUAAUGCUUGAACGUGCUCGAUGUGUCUCUGAUACUGCGGGUGGAAAGUUGCGUGUUCAAGGACCAGCGAAUGUAACGUUACAGCGAUGGAUAUGGUGUUGUUUUUAUAUGAGCCAUGAUUCAAUGCUUUUCCUCUUCCUGGUAAGAUUAGCGGAAGCCAGCAGUAACAGUGUUUUGUUUUUUUUCUCUCUCUUCAUCUGCAGCAGCAGCCGGUUUUGUGACAGUCAGCGAUCCGCUUCCCGGUGUUUCACUAACACACAAACAAACAUUCUGAACAAUUUCUCAGCGGCGUUGGACUAAUUGUUUCUUUAUUUAUAUUUUUUUACGGAGCUGGUAGAUCAGCGAGAGACUGCUUUUUAAAGAUGACGGGUAAAUCAGUCAAAGACAUUGACCGCUAUCAGGCUGUUCUCACAUCUCUUCUGGCUUUAGAGGAAAACAAGUUUUGCGCAGAUUGUCACGCCAAAGGUCCCAGAUGGGCAUCCUGGAAUCUUGGAAUCUUCAUUUGUAUCCGCUGUGCGGGAAUCCAUCGGAAUCUUGGCGUGCACAUAUCACGAGUUAAAUCCAUAAACCUGGACCAGUGGACUCAUGAGCAGAUACAGUCUGUUCAGGAGAUGGGGAAUGCCAAAGCUCGGCGACUAUAUGAGGCCUUUUUACCAGAGUGCUUCCAGCGCCCAGAGACAGAUCAAGCUGCUGAGAUUUUUAUCCGUGACAAAUAUGAUAAGAAGAAAUAUAUGGAUAAAUGCAUUAACAUCCAGUCUUUCAGGAAAGAAAAGAGUGAGACAGUAACAAAAGAAGCUCCUGUUGUUUUUAAAAAGAUGAAGCUGAAAAAAGACGAGUCGAAACAAUUCAAAAACAGUCCAAAACAGUCACAAUCUGUUAAUGACUUACUGGGACUAGAUGCCCCUGCUCCUCAAGCUCCCUUAUCCAAUGGCAAACCAAGCACUGAACUCAGUCCUGCCCUCGACCUCUUCAGCUCUCUGCCUGCCACCGUCAGCACCUCCAACUCUUCCAGGAGCACGCCUAGCUCAGGGUCCAUGCCCACUGGACGGGUAGCAGCAUCAAUGCCCGAAAACCUCAGCCUGUUCCUGGAUCCCCCCUCCAAAAGUGAGGACAGUGGAAAAAAGCUGUCCAAGGACUCAAUCUUGUCAUUGUAUGGCAGUACCGCACCACAAACAAACAUGGCUGCUCAUGCUGGCAUGUAUAUGGGAGCAACCCAGAUGGGCUAUGUCCCUGCUGCAGGGUACGGCCAAUACCAGGCCCUGGGUGCCCAGCAGGGCAUGAUGGGGCCUAUGAUGGCACCACAGAUGAACAUACUGGGACAUACUGCUCCUCCGUACAUGGCAGGGGUGCAGGGGGGCGUAAUGGGAAUGCAGAAUGGCAUGAUGGGAAACAUGGCAGCAGUUCCUCAGCAGGCGUAUGGAGCACAGCAGACCCAACAGCUGCAGUGGAACAUCAGCCAGAUGACUCAACACAUGGCAGGAAUGAAUUUCUAUGGUGCCAAUAACAUGAUGGGGUACGGGCAGCCCAUGGGUGGGGCGGCUGCUCCCGGUUCAAAUCCAGUGCUCGGGUCACAAGAGUGGAAGUGAUGUCAUAGAGAGAGAGUGGUUCAGCAUGUCUGAAUUGGUUGGGCUUGGUUGGCGCCACGACUGACUGACAGUAGAAGGGAAACAGAUUGUAGGAGCAAACACUUUGGAGACUCGAGUAGAUGAACGCAACCGAAGCACAGCCUCUACCUCCCUCAUUCUCAGAGCCAGAUUCUCAUGCUUGCCUUCAAACAGUCACAUACUCAGAGAGAGAAUAGAAGUGUCAUUCACUUCUCAGCUGAAUGUUACACGUUUCACAGCUUUACUUUUGAAUUUGCCCCACUGACCAACAGAAACCUGCUUGGUAUGAAAGUGACUUUUGUGUGAGCUGUGCUUCAUACUUCACUGUUGAAAAUAUACAAUUAACCUUUUUGGCCCAUAGUGUUUUGCCAAAAAUGUACAGUAUGCUAAUGCAACAGCACCUUUAGUUUCAGUUAAAAAAGCUUGCUUCAUUUCAGAAACAAUUUAUCAUAUAGAUAUGUAUGUAACAGUCUAUAUGCAGUACAUCUCAUCAGAAGCUUGUUUGUAGUCAUAAAUGAACAUUUUAAGCCAUUUUAGUUACCAUUUUUUGUUAAUAAGGAUCUUAAACUUUGAUACUGCUGAAGAAAAUGUCCAUUUUGUGUCAGGUUCUGCAACGAUACUCUUGUAUGGUCGUCUUUUUAACGCACAGGGUACAACUAAGCCACUUUGACUUUGCUUUCUCUCACACUUGCUCUCAACUCAGGAGAAAUAAAGGCUUGGGAAGAUAAGAGUUCUCACGUCCAUCUCAUAGCAGGACAUUUACAUUCAGCCAAAGAUUUAUUAACGCUCCGCAGUCAUCAUUGGUCUUUGGAAUGAUACAUUCUAGAUGGAUCCAUGCUGCUGUUUGUCGUUUCAGAACAUUGCAGUUUGACCUCAAGAGUGUAAUGGCACCAUUGAUUGUAUUGUGCACUGCUUUUCUCCUCAUUACUGAGUGCAGGGUCACUACUGGUGAAGAGAACUGAACUUUUUGACACUGAGGCUGCAGUAUGGACCAAGAACGUAUGAAUGUUUCCCUCUGACUGCUGCCUGGAGAGCAGAAUUUGCCAUGGUCACUGUGUGAAGUUCAUUCAAAGCAGUCUUGGGGUUUGGGGUUUUAUUGACUUUGCUCACUGUUUGUUUGAGCCCAAUGUCUACUUUAGUGAAACCAAAUGUGAUGAGGUUCACUGUUAAUCUUAUUUCAAACCGGAGCCCUUUAAAACAUGCUGAAAAACACACACACACCCUUAGCUGGUUUGCUGUUCAGGUUUACUGGGUUCAGCCAUCACCUGCUUGGCCUGGCUCACUGGAAUGCCAACAAGACCAGUUUAAACAAAGUAUUUUUUUUUUUCAGGGUUAAGCAGUUGUACAUGCAUUAAACAUGUCUGGGUUUUAAUGUU